AUGGCCACCAAAGAGCGCCUUUUGCGCCUGACCCUGGCGCAUUACAGAAAGGACGGCUGCUCAGAACGAGACUGUCACUUCUUUGGAACCAUUGCUCACGCCAAGGAAGUUGCGACGCUGCAUGUCAGUAAAGGUCUUGUCUUGUAUUAUCAGGUCUACUCGACAACUGAUACACGAAAUGCUCUCGAGCGCUUCAAGCGCGAGCUAGGUGCUCAAUGGACAAUCGAUGAACACGAUUUGACUGUCGAGCUCUACGCUCGUGACCUUGCCACCCUGCGUGCCAUCGCAAAUGAUCCGGUUCGCGCAACCUUCCCCGACAAAGAGGCGCCGUACCUCAGCUAUCGCCACGUAGUUGCGAGCCUCGCCUGGGUCGAAGUGUUUGUUCAGGAUGGCCGUGUUGUUGGCUUGGGCGAGGACGGAGCGUCAGCUUACAAACCAUCCUUCGAGGAAUUUGUUGCCGAGGGCGGUCCGCUGAGCAAGAUUUUGACAUGA